AUGAGAAGUCUGGCUGAUGCUUCGGAAAGAUUUCAAGUUCUUCCACCUCGGGAUAGGAGACAAGCAGAAGCAGGAGAAGGUCAAAAACCUCGGAACGGUAUAGUGAAGAUACCUGUGGGACGGCCGACGGGUAUUGCGUGCUUUGAUCUGUGCGGUGCAGGAUGUGAUUGGAUUUUACUUAGAGUAGGGAGAGGGGGAGGAAUUGCGACGAUUAGUCUAAAGAAUGGGAGAGGACAUGUUCAGGGACUUCUCUGGGAUGAGAAUGAAAAGUGGGAUGAUGUCGUGGAUCUAUGGGCAUUUAGUCUGGAUUGUCAAAAUCGUGUGGGACAGAUUGAGGGGAUUGGUGCAUAUACGGCAGGUAGAUUCCGAGUCUACGGAUUUGAUACGACAGGAGAGGAGGAAAACAAUUCCAAGUAG